AUGGCUCCAGGCGCACUCGAACGUCGCAUCUCCUCCGAAUCCAAGCUCUCUCCCCUCGACCGAGCCGAAAUGGCACUCGUCGACGCCCACGGUGCUCCAGACGUCUACGUCAACGGCAAAACCGAUACAUGCUGGCAUCCCUGGGUCGGGGACCUCCUCGUCAAGCCCCUCCGUUAUGAACCCAAGUCUGGAGAUUUCGUGAUUGUUUUGCGUGCACCCAACGAUACCGUCUUGGGGAAGCAUAGGCAUAGGGGGGUGGUUACCGCUACGACGCUCAAGGGGAAGUGGAAUUAUUUUGAGUAUGAUUGGGUUGCGCAACCUGGGGAUUAUGUCGUGGAGAACCCGGGUACUAUUCACACGCUUCACAUGUACGAGGAUACUGAGGUGUUGUUCACCGUGAGCGGAUCCAUCGAGUUCUUCAAUGAUGACGACACCUUGAGGAACACCAUGGAUUUGUUCAGCUUCAUGCACCUAUACAAGAUCCACUGUGAGAAGACCGGGCAGAAGUUCAACACCGAUCUCGUCUACUGA